AUGUUGAAGAAGUUGAAGCUGAAGAAGAAGUUGAAGAUGAAGCUGAAGAUGAAGUUGAAGUAUAUAAUGUUGAAGAAGUUGAAGUUGAAGCAUACAACAUUGAAGUUGAAGCAGUUGAAUUUGAAGAACAUUGAAGCAGUUGAAUUUGAAGAUGAAGAUGAAGAUGAAGCUGUAGAAGAUGAAGUUGAAUUAUAUAAUGCUGAAGAAGUUGAAGCUGAAGAAGAUGAAGUUGAAUUAUAUAAUGUUGAAGAAGCUGAAGAUGUUGAAGCUAAAGAAGAUGAAGUUGAAUUAUAUAAUGCUGAAGAAGUUGAAGCUGAAGAAGAUGAAGUUGAAGCAUAUAAUGUUGAAGAAAAUGAAGCUGAAGAAGAAGUUGAAGAUGAAGCUGAAGAUGAAGUUGAAGCAUACAACAUUGAAGCAGUUGAAUUUGAAGAUGAAGAUGAAGCUGUAGAAGAUGAAGUUGAAGUAUAUAAUGUUGAAGAAGUUGAAGCUGAAGAAGAUGAAGUUGAAGUAUAUAAUGUUGAAGAAGUUGAAGCUGAAGAAGAUGAAGUUGAAUUAUAUAAUGCUGAAGAAGUUAAAGCUGAAGAAGAUGAAGUUGAAUUAUAUAAUGCUGAAGAAGUUAAAGCUGUAGAAGAUGAAGUUGAAUUAUGUAGUGCUGAAGAAGUUGAAGCUAAAGAAGAUGAAGUUGAAUUAUAUAAUGUUGAAGAAGUUGAAGCUGAAGAAGAUGAAGUUGAAGUAUAUAAUGUUGAAGAAGUUGAAGCUGAAGAAGGUGAAGUUGAAGUAUAUAAUGUUGAAGAAGUUGAAGCUGAAGAAGGUGAAGUUGAAGUAUAA